AAGGGAAAAAAAACUAGAGCUUGGCGACGGCGAAGUUGCCGUUAUGAGCCAGUAGGAGGCUGACUUUAGGCAGUAAUCGGUGUUGUUAUUUUUAAUUUGUAUGUUCGUUAGAACGAGAAUUGUAGUUCCGUUUGCUAAGUCCAGGCUUUCACAGUUACCAAAGCUUUCCUGUAGCUUCUUCUAUCUUUUGACAUGCUUGGCAAUAGAUGACGCUUACAUACAGAGAAAGACGGAAAGAGAAAGUACAGUUCCUGUAGUAUGGCUCUAUCAUUAAAUGAAAAAUGCUUAGUUGGCCUGCUGUUAUAUUUAGGUGCAUGCUACAACCAAGGCUUUAUGCAUAAUCUGCCAUCAUUUGCCUUCAGAAUCACUGUCCCAAGAGAGUUGGCUGUACGAGAAAGGCGAGAUGCUUCCAGUUCUGCCAUAGCAAAGGAUCAAGUUUCUUAUGUCAUUCCUGUAGAUGGCAGGGAGUACAAGGUCCAUUUGGAAAAGAACAAUGAUUUUUUGCCACCGCACUUUAGAAUGUUUACCUAUAGUUCUGAGGGUGUUUUGUUAUCUGAGCAACUCGAUAUUAGGGAUCAUUGCCACUACAGAGGAUACGUGGAGGGUUUCCCUGACUCUGUUGCUGCACUUAGUAACUGUGAUGGGCUGAGGGGAUUUCUCCAAAUUCUAAACGAUAGCUAUGGAAUUGAACCUCUGGAGGCCUCCCCCAGCUCCGAACACCUUUUCUAUAAUUUGAAUCAUGUACCAUCUGAGCCUUCAGUGUGUGGAGUGAGUAACACAGUCCACAGCGGUCCAGCUGCAGAAGAAUAUCAUUUUCCUUUUAUGGCAGACCAUCUUCGUAAGAAAAGAGCGAUACUGCCUCAGACCAGAUACGUUGAACUUUUCCUGGUUGUGGACAAAAAAAGGUUCGACUUCGUUAAUAGAAAUGAAACUGCAGUGAGAGAAGAAAUGAUUCAACUUGCCAGCUAUUUGGACAGUAUUUACAUCAUGCUUAAUGUACGGAUUGUGCUGGUUGGCUUGGAGAUUUGGACAGAUCAGAACAAGGUUAACACUGAUGGAAAUGCAGGAGAAGUGCUGUCCAGAUUUGUCCAGUGGAGAGAAAAAGAACUCCUUCCACGCCGAAGGCAUGACAGCGCUCAACUUAUUCUGAAGACUGAUAAAUUUGGUGCAACUGCUGGUAUGGCAUUUGUGGGAACAAUUUGCUCCAGAAGCCAUGGCGGAGGAAUUAAUGUGUUCUCCAGCAGAAAUACUCUAUUAUUUGCCAGUGUUGUUGCCCAUGAGCUGGGUCAUAACUUGGGAAUGAACCAUGAUGAUCAGAGAGACUGCAGCUGUGGGGCAUCUACCUGCAUUAUGAACUCUGGAACAUCGGCAACCAGAAAUUUCAGCAGCUGCAGUCUGGAAGACUUUGAGAGGCUAAUUCUGGGUAAAUCAGGAAAUUGCCUUCUGAAUAUCCCAAAACCUGAUGAGACCUACAGUCUCCCAUACUGUGGUAACAAGCUGGUGGAUGCAGGCGAGGAGUGUGAUUGUGGAACUCCAGAGAAGCAAAAGCUGCAGUAAAUGCUUGUUUUCGACAAGUGAAUUCCAUUGGGGAUCGAUUUGGAAACUGUGGUUACCGGGGUAAUGACUACAGAAAAUGUAGCACAAGGAAUGCUCUCUGUGGGAAACUACAGUGUGAAAAUGUUGGAAAUCAAGUACCUGUUUUUGGAAUUAAACCAUCCAUUAGCCAAACCCCUGUUGGUGACACUAUGUGCUGGGGGGUGGACUUUCAGCUAGGAUCAGAUGUUCCAGAUCCUGGAAUGGUUAACGAAGGAACAAAAUGUGAGGAAGGAAAGGUCUGCAUGAACUAUGAGUGCGUGAAUGCUUCCAUUCUAAACUACGACUGUGAUGUGGAGAAUAAAUGCAAUGGACAUGGGAUGUGUAACAGUAACAAAAACUGCCACUGUAAUCAGAACUGGGGACCUCCUGACUGUGAGAAACCAGGUUAUGGAGGAAGCAUUGACAGUGGACCAACAUAUGAUUAUAACAACACUUCUACAAGAGAUGGCCUGCUUGUGUUUUUCCUUCUAGUUUUACCACUCCUCAUCCUUGCUGGAUUUGUGUUUGCUAGAAGAAAUGCUCUUAAGUCAAGAUUCUGUGGAAGACGGAGAGAGAGAUCACAGUCCUACGUACCUGAUGGUAGAAGCCAGCCUAAUGCAAUUCAACAGGCAAGAGCAGCACCCUCCAGAAGUGUCUUGAACUCUCCAGGAAAAGAAGAGGUCAUGUUACUGCCAGCAAAUAAGGUUUCACACACUUCGCAGUCAGCAUCAACAUAUGCACCAAGACCACCUCCUCAGCCACUGAUUUCCAGGCCGCCUCCUGCUCCACAACAAAGGGUGACUUCUUAUGGUCAGAUGUCUUCAGCUGCUCAGGAAAAGUUAGUACCUUCCCGACCGGCACCUCCACGGCCUGUAUAAUACAGUUGUUGGCCCAAGUCCUGGGUCUCUCAUGCAGAAGUUGAAUUACUCAUUGAGGCCAGGAGAAAAUGUAUUUUUCUACUACUGAGUACUUUUCCACUUCAGACAAAGUGAAGAAAACAUUCAUUUAUACAGAAAUUACAGUUCAUAAAUACAGCCACAUCACGUUAUGCUGCCAUGCAACCAUGCUGCUCUGCAAAUUAUCUUAAGUGCCUGCUGGAAGAUUUACAACUCUACUCUGGGGCAUGUUUGCUGUGCCAAUAGCUGCACUUAAAAAAAAUAAUAAUUCUAUUAUUCUGUUCUCCCAAGAAACAGUGUUCUGGAGCCAUGGAACCAGUAGAAGAGUAAUCAGAAUGUGGUGGUUUCUUCUCUCAAAUGAGCUAAUGGGGAGAUUUAUUUAUUUCUUUUAACUCCACCUCAACUCAUUUCUUUUGGUGAGUUAAAAGUACAGUUCCUUCGCCCACAUUUUCAGAGCUUUAUUAGUAAAAAGGCCUGUAAAACUAAGGGCAAAGUAGACUUGAGACUUACAAAACCAUUUAUAAAAGUAAUGAAGCCUCAGUGAAUUCAUACAGGAUGCAGUGUCCUCUUUCUUAGCAGACAGUUGCCAUUUACUGCUGUCCAGUGUAGGAUUGCAGCAUUUUGUUGAUUUGCACUUUCAUUAAUUCAAUGAGGAUAACUGGGACCCACUCUGAAUCUAUAAGAUGAUGACUGGUAGUUCUCUUGCAUGCUUAUUGCAGUUAUUUCUAAAUCGGCUGCAUCAAAACAUGAAACAAUAUGUUCUUGAAAAGAAAUUUUCUCUGGAAUUAGCAGAAUAACUAAUUGAUCCCUGUAAGGCAUCAUGAAAAUGGAUGGACUGAAAUUAGCCUAUGGAAAUCUAAAAGUUUUACCUGUUGUAUGAAUGCAUUUUUUAUGUAAAAUGUUCUCUGGAUAAUCCAUAGCCGCUUUUGUGCUAAUGGAAUCACAGUCUCUAUACCUGCUAUUGAAACUUUUUUUAAGAUCAUUUUUCUGCAUCAUUUUUAGAGUCUUCCAUACUACAAGAAUUUAACACAGUAAUCUAAAAGUUGUAUUCUGAAUAACUCUUCCGGCAACUGUAGGAUGUUAAGUUGUCUAUCUCGCCUUCAUUCUUGCUGGAUGGGUUCGGCUCCGACUCGGCCACUCUAAAAGCUCGAGAGCUAGUUCCACUGGCUCGAGGCUCCCCUAUAUCCCACAAUGCUAGGUGGUAACUCUCCAGAUCUCGUUUGCCGCUACGCGAUCGAGGUGCUUUUUCAACCGGCUCGCCAGGUUAGUUGAAAUAUUUAGUUGUAUCACUGGAUAGACCCCUUUUUAAGUUAGUGUUUUCUUCAUAGUUUUAAAAGUUAAAUAGUUUACUCCCCUUUACAGUCAGUUUUUCCCCAGUUUUUCCUCCUAAAUUUCCUAAUUUUAUUCCCUUGGGCUUUAGGCCCAGUCCCUCCCUUCCUUAUUAGUUGGAGUGACUGUGUUUCGUAGGGAUUUAAUUUAUAAGUUAAUU